CGCAGGUACCCAUACCAACCACAUUCAGAAAACAUCUUUUAGCCUGAAGGCUACAAGGAAAGUGUGCUAGCUUUUUUUCUUCUAAAUUUUAAAGGAACGGUAGGUGAUCUUCCCGAAACUCUAAUAUUAGAGAGCUAGAAGGAGACGUACGUCACCCGUGAAUGGCAUCGUCUAACAGUGGUAUACAGAAUCAAAGCAUGUUUAAUAAAGACAUUUACCAAACAGGGAAUGGUGCUUAACCUUGAAACCGGCGAGCUUCCAAGUGUAUCUGACCAGUCACAGACGCGGUCAGGUAUAACAGAACAUGCAAGACAUCGGCAACAAGUCAUAUCACAGCCAGUAUCUACGUCUUUCUCAAGUUGUCCUUCAGUUUAUUUUAAUACUUUUCUGUCUAAGCAUUCCGAUCUGACUGCAAAACAAAACACGUCGGAAAAACUAUUUUCCGAAGAACUAAGGUCACACGUGCUAACCCCGAACACUAACCUGAUAAGUAGGGUUAGCUCUUCGAGCCUUACUAUGGGUAUUUCUGAGAAAUCGGAAAGCCGUUGUAUCAGCGAAGGUGCCGGUACCGUGGAAGGCUCACCGAGUGAGUCCGCACUGUCAGUGACGAGACUGGUGGGAGAAUCGUCGUCACCUUUGCCGGCUGUAAAGAGGAGCCCUUCCUUGACGGACGAACCCAACACUACAGCAGUAGAGCUGGCACCUUCAGCUGGCCAUCUGGAUACUUCCUCUUAUCAAGAUUCAGAUGAACAAGAAGAUAAAGAUGAGCGAACUGAAAACGACGUGGAUACCAACCGCUGCCUGGAAUCAGUUGAACGUGACGAAUUUCCCAAACGUAAACAACGGCGGUACCGUACAACUUUCACUAGUUUCCAACUAGAAGAGCUGGAAAAAGCUUUCUCACGAACACAUUACCCUGAUGUCUUUACAAGGGAAGAGCUCGCCAUGAGAGUAGACUUGACGGAAGCCCGCGUGCAGGUGUGGUUCCAAAACCGCAGAGCCAAAUGGAGAAAACAGGAAAAAGCAGUUGGGAACAUUACCCAGACUCCAGGUUACAAUCCAUACUCUAUUACGCCUCCAAAUUCUACUUCUACAAACACGCUUGGACCACCAAAUUCAUUUUCUUCGCUUAACUUUGCUAGAAAGCCAUAUGAUGCUGCGCUUUUCAGCGCCACUUCGCGACUACCUUCUGCAUAUUUAUCGCCUGCAGCCACAGGCUUGUUGCCACUGGCUGGAGCCUAUCUGGGACCAUCAGCAUACGCAUUGCGUGAUCUAGCAUCGUACCCAAGUUCUCUCGUACCUCCAACAAUAGCAGCUCCUUUUUCAACUCCCUAUCCAGCUACUUCUUUCCAAACGUUGCUGGCUAACUUAUCGGCUCAAAGCAGACCAAAGUUGCCAGGCGAAGGGACCAAUGAACAUUACACAGAAAUUCUCAGCCAUUUGCCUUCAGUCUCAUCAGCUACAGGAAUUUUACCGGGGACUCUAAACUUUGACCGCCGGAGCUCCAGUAUAGCCGCCCUUCGUCAGAAAGCAAGAGAGCAUGAGAUUCGAAUGGAAAUUAUUCGAAAAGUAAAUGGUGAAUAUAUCAGUUGAAUGAAUCGACAAAUCAGCCGUUUCCAUAUGAAAAACUUUCCAUUUUGGAAGUGUCCAUUAACUUUGAGGUGUUGCUCUAAACCAAAGAUACUUCAACAAUUAGUCCGUUGUAAAUGUUCCCAAUAUCUGCAUUUCUCUAAUAUAGACUGUGAUUUCCAAAGCCUUUAGAGCUUUCUGUAUUCGUCCAACGUGGCAAAGAAAAUAUGGUCACCUCUGGCCUUGACAUUUUAAGCCCCAUCUAUUAAGAAAUGUUUCUGUUUUUAAUUCGUUUUGCGUCUUGUAAUGGUGCAUAUCGGCUUCGAGCACGGUAGUAGUAAUUUUAGUCACUUGAGAAAUACAAUAACUGAAAAGCUCUUGCAGUUUCAUAAAGAAACUUUGCCCUUAUUCACAAAACUAAAGUUUCUUAACUCUGAAAUGAAGUUAAAACGAAAAGAAGCGAUCUUAAUUCCACGAAAUACCAAACACACUGCUUUGAAAGUAGUAUAGUUCUGUUCAAUUCUCUCGAAAAAAUGUACGGGAAAACUGUCCACUGCUCAAACUGAAUGUUCGUUUCAAGUUACGAUUUUGUGAGUAUUUAUUGCAGCCGUACAAACUGAAUCCAUCAAAGUCCAAGGUUUCUCGAUUUAUAACACUUUUAAAAAAUAAGGAAGAAAUGACUGAUUGUUGGUGCAUUAAUUUUAAGAUACUGACAUAGCAAAAUUAGAUGAAUGUUUUGGCUUUCUAAGGUUACAGUCAUGUGACUGUAUAGAAUCCAGAACUCGUACUUAAAUACAAUAUGACCUUUAAAUAGUAAGCUCUUCGUCAUGUAUUACUAAAGUUUUUUCGUGUAUAUGGUCAGAAAUUCGUAAGUUAUAUUUUACAAAAGAAUGCUAGAUCUGGGCAAAUACUAUAUUAUAAUAAACUUCAUUUACAUCCUUAAAAUUAAGUAUGUAUUUUAUCUAAUUACUCUGUAUUCUAACUGUAUUUAUGAAAUACUUAUCGUGAUUGUGUAAUGAGCAUUAAGAGUCCGUCCAUUGGUUCAAAGAAUGAUUGUGUUUGUUAAUCAGUGUUCGGGAUUUUGCAUUAGCAGCUUUUCGUCCGCUACUAUAUAUAUUAUGAUACGAAAGUUUUACAGUAUAUAAAGCGAUGCUUUAGCCAUUUUAGAUGUUCCUGUUUUGAAGAUUGGCAUUUGUAACAAAACAGUUCUUUAGUUCCUUUAUGUUUGU